AUGAGCUUGGUGCUGAGGAACCUGCAGCGGGCGGUGCCCCUGAGGCGGGCGCGGCUCCGCGAGAAGGUGCAGGCAAUGCAGAGAGCCCUGUGGGUGCAGAGGUUCGACCUGGGGGUCGUCUGUGUCGACAACAGAAAGAUUCACCCGAUUAACAGAAUCUACAGACACAAAAAUACCCCAACAGAUGUGCUUUCCUUUCCAUUUCACGAGGAUCUGAAAGCAGGCAAAAUUCCCCAGCCUGAUUUUCCAGAUGACUAUAAUUUAGGAGACAUUUUCCUGGGAGUGGAGUAUAUCUUCCAGCACUGCAAAGAAAAUGAAGAUUACUAUGACAUCCUGACUGUGACUGCCACCCACGGGCUCCGUCACCUGCUGGGCUUCACACACAGCACGGAGGCCGAGUGGCAGAAGAGGUACCAGAAGGAGAAGCAGGUUCUCGAGGAGCUGAGCAAGCACAAAGGGACCAGGUUUCAGCCCCUGAGCAGGGGCCUCUUCUGA